AUGUUAGUUAUACGACGUAUAAAUAAUAAUAUAAAUAAAUGUUGAACGAUAUGUGAAAUUCCCAGACACAAGAUAUAUUGUUACAUAUCGUUGGACAUGCAACAUUUGAGAGUUUGAUAAGACAUUAUCAAUAAUAGCUGUAUCUGACCGUACAUCCUGUGUGAUGACUGAAAUACUUAGUACGUCAUCAACGCGAGUUCCUUUAUUAUCACGGAAACAAAAUAUAGGCGUAUACAUUCUAUGCCCAGCGUGCUUGAUGCGUGCAAUCAUUUGUUAGCUAAAACCGCAAUUAUUUUCAGAGAAGUGCGUGCAAUUCAGAAGCGUUAUGUUAUGAUGAUGAAAUAAUUAUGUUCAUUUCACUGUCUGAGUUCUCUUGACGAAAAAUUUCGAAUUUGUGCGGCUGUGACCAUCUGUUUUUACCACGAAACAACGGGUGCCAGGCACAAUAAUAACAGGAAUGGAAAUCAACGCAAACAUUAGCGAAAUAUUACGUGAAAUGAUAACAUUCCUGGAAUGCCUUCGGGAUGCGCAACUGCCACUCGCCCUGGAAAGUCUUCGGGAAAAGUUGCUGGAUCGCACAAAGAACACCAUGCUCGCCACUACGAUGAACUGCUCAUCUCCAGAGCCUUAUUUAGAUAUGAAUUCCGGCCCGAGAACCAUACUACUCACAAAAAAAAAGACUGACACGGAGGAGUACAUAGGCAUGGAAGAAUCUCCGCAGAAGCAGAAUCAUCAAGAUUACUAUGAGACAUUCGAGCCAAAGGAGAUGAUGCCGGUUACAAUCAAGCACACGGAAUCGCAAAAAGCUUGGAGCGAACAAGAUUAUGGAGAGAAUAGCCAGGUGUUAAUGAGCAUUUAUAAGAAUCUAUCGGCAGCGCAAUGCAAAAAUAACUCUCACAAGUGCGGCCCGCUUCACUGGAAGAAUGGCAAGAUAUUCAGUGAGAGACGCCCCUACUAUGUCGCGUUGAUCGGGACACACCUGUUGAUCUACCGCAGCGAGCAGCACAGUGGACCUUGUAAUAUCUAUUCGAUUCGCGGCUGCAUUGCGCGAUCGAAUCUAUCGCCGAAUCUAUCGCCGCGCAAUGGGCAAAAAAGUAAGUCGGCCUUCGAGAUCUGUUGUCCCGGCAGCAAAACUUUGCAGUUUAUUGCGAGAACGCCGAAGGAUAUGGAACAAUGGACAGCGAAGAUCUGUGAAGUCGGUUGCAAUAAUGAAGGCGCAAAAAUUGAUGAAGAGACGAACCAUGGGAGCAAGAGCAAUGCGAGCAGCGAGUCUCCGAUGAAUCAUUGCAAAGACCACGCAAUGUCCCCUCUACAUCAAAACGCCCAUAAAUUAGCUGACAACGUCAAAAAGAAGUCGACAGCCAAGGGGGAGGCGAAAAAUAACAGGAACGAAGCUGAGAAGAACAUGAUUGAAAACCCGCCACCGCUACCUGCUCGAAUACCGCGAAGAAUAUUACCUUCUGUACCUUCCAACGAUUCUAUGCCUUCUUAUAGGGGCACCGAAGAUUACGAUGAUGACGAUGACACUUAUUAUAAAAUCGAAGACUUGCAAAAUGGAUUAGCUUAUCAGAAUAUAACGUUAGCGAAGAAGCAACACGUUAACGUUGGUGAUAAGGAAGAUAGAGAGGUUGUCGAGUACGAUGAUGUGCAUGCAUCCAAAAGAAAAAAGGAAGAACAGGUGCACGAAGGGAAGUCCGAUAAAAUAUUUAUAGAGGAGGAAAUGUACGAUGAUAUCUUUACAUUGUCGCGCGUCAAAACAAACAUCGAAGAAGAAACAUCAAAGAACGGUGAUUGUUCUGACGACGGAGAAGAAUCUUUUUACGACGACGUAGAGAACUUACUGGAAAAAUCUACCAAGGAACGCGUAAAGGAUCAAAUUGAAGCGUCGAGCAAAAUUCUCCAGAAGAGAUCCUUUUUGGAGAGAGUUUGGAAUAAGAAGGAGUCAUCUGGAAAAACGGACAAGAGAUUAUGGGGCAAAGCUUCAUCGAGUCCAAUACAAUCUUCUUCAGCUACAAAAGUGAUACCUACUUACGACGACGUAUCCGAUUUAAUGCCAAAUCAAGAAUCCCUGACGAAUAAUGAAGAACAAGAGUUAUCGGAGUACAAUUAUCCUCCGCCUCCCAGGCCAGUUUGCACAAAAUCAUCAUUUAUCAUAAAUCAAAUCGAUCCGAAUCCAGUCGAAGAACUUUAUGAUGACGUCAGUGCAUGCCGGACGCGACAUAAUAAUCAUCAGCAAAUGGUCAUGCAGUCGAUGCAGGAGUCAUGCACAAACCUAAAGGAAAUUAAGAAUGAAGAGACAGAGUUAAGAGCGCGCGGGAACCUUAUUGAAGAAGAAAUAGAGCAUUAUCAGUCUCCGAAAAGCGAUUUGCGCGUUGACGAUAUUCCGGAAUAUCAGAACGAGGAACUAUAUGACGACAUCGCGUUGUGCGCCAACUUUAAGGCACGCCAAAGAGACAUUAACGAAAAAAAGGAUGAUGAGUACGGUAAAUUCACAGUUGGUUCUGACAAAAAGUCGUGGAAUCGAUUCUCUAUGAACAAGAAGUGGCGGUUGGGUGAGCCCGCAUGCCUUUCCGAGACAAACAAACGAAACAUAAAUGAGUGUGAGGAUAUUGAUGAUUCGACCGAGGUUAAUGACAUAACUAAGAGGAAUACUUUUCAAAAGUUGAUUAGUAAAAUGGAGAAUUCUCUCGCCAAGGUCUCGGUGAGGAACUCGACUUCCCUCCCAAUGAGCAAAUCAACAGCGAAUAACAAUUCUUAAUAUCGUCGUAUAAAUAUAGUAAGCACACAAAAAAAUACUGUUGUAUCAAUAGAAUUACUCAAUAAUAUUGUAAUUGGAAUAGUUUUUCUCAAUUCCAUUAUACGGGGUCUUUUAUUAAGAUUUCAUUUUAAAUUAAUAAAAAAAGGAAUAAGUUUUUGAAAACGUUGAGAUAUAUUUAUUCUAAUCCAAAGUACAGAUUGUGCGAUUAAACGUGAAACAUAAUAUCAUCCAAAUGGCAGCCUCGAUUUUUUUAAACAAAUGGUCAUUCUUUUGAGGAAAUUUUCCAUGAUGUUUUUGCACAAUUCAAUUUCGCUAAUAACAGUUCGAAUAUUGUCUUUGAGUGCUUGAAUCGUUUGCGGAAUAUUUGCAUAAUCUUAUCCUUCACAUAACCCCAAAGGAAAAAAUCCAGGGGUGUCAAAUCACACAAUCUGGGCGGCCAAUUGAAGUUUCCGUUACACGAAAUGACACGUCCAGGGAACUUCUCACGUAAUAAUGCGAUCGUUUCACGGCUUGUGUGGCAUGUAGCCCCAUCCUGCUGAAAAUUAACAUCGUCUAGGUCCAGUUCUUCAAUUUCAGGCCAAAGAAAGUCUGUCAGUAUUUCUCGGUAGCGCAAUCUGUUGACUGUGACAAUACAACCAUCUUCAUUUUCGAAAAAAUACGGCCCGAUGACACCGUGAGCCCAAAAACCACAUCAAACUGUCACUCUUUGUGGAUGGAGAGGCUGCUCGUCAAUCGCUCAUCGGUUUUCAGUGUCCCAGUUGCGGCAGUUUUGCUUAUUGUCGUAGCGUUAAAGGUGGAAAUGAGCCUCAUCGAUCAAAAUGAUUUUCUUGAAAAAAUCAGAGUCAACCGCUUGCAUUUCUAAUACCCAAUCGACGAACGUACGGCGUUGUCCAUGGUCCGUCGGCUUCAAUUCUUGUGUUAGUUGGAUUUUGUAAGCAUGUAGGCCAAGAUUUUGUGCAAAAUGCGGUGCAGGCUGGUUUGUGAAAUGCCCAAUUGCUGCGAACGUCUAAUAAGUAAACCAGGAUUUUCCGCGACACUUUCAGCCAUAGCAGCAACGUUUUCAAUUGAUCUGACUGGCCGAGCACGGGUUGAGUUCUUAACAUCACUAACCUGGCCGAGACGUUCAAAUUUAUCGAUUAAAUUCACUAUUGCUGGACGAGAAGGUGCUUCUCUGCGACCGAAACUGGUACGGAUUUUGAGAACUGUCUUUGCGAAGUUUUCACCGUGUUUGUAGUGAGUUUUCACUAUUUUUAUGUGUUGUUCAAGCGAAUAUCGAUCCAUUGUUAUUAACUGUACAGUUUUUAAUCGAUAACUGUCAAAUAUGACAACUCCAUCUAUAACAGGUACAAAAUGCCGCGAAAUUUAAAAUGAAACCUGUUAAUAGAAGACCUUGUAACAUGUACAUGUAGGGUAGACCAUUUUAUUCAAUACACGUGAAUAUAUUGUGAAGGAGUUCAGAAAAUGUUUUAGACAAAAGUUUUAUGUCUUCAAGGAGAAAAGACGAUGAGAUUAUCAAUUUCAAUUUAAUUGUAGAUGGCGCCACUUUUGAGAUUAAGUACGAGAGUAAGAUGUAGAUUAAAUAGUAAUGUCGACACAAGUGUUAUUUUUUCUUCAUAUAUCAAGGUAUCGACUUUUAAUUUGUUUAGUUUUUUUAUACUUAAUGUAGCUCCGAUGUGAAUUAUUUAUUGAUUUGUGUAUUAUUUCGUUUACUGGUAAGGAAAUCAAGUUAACCCCUUGACAUACAAAUUAAAUGGAACUUAAUGCGACCAAAAAAUACUAUUUAAUUUCGCUCAACUGAACAGUUACGUGAAAGCUGAGAAAGAGUACAUUUUAUUUACUAUGUAACUAUGUAAUCUAAUUGUAAACUACAUGGCGUCCGCCGAAAAAAGCGCUUGACGAGUCAGACUCGUCAAAGUCUACAGUGGCCCAUGAAAUGAAUGACGAGUCAGACUCGUCAUUGUAUGUCAAGGGGUUAAGUUUAGUACUCGAGUUAUUUUAUCGGCGGUUAACACUUGAUAUUCGCUAAAAUCUAUGUCGACAUUAAAAUUAUGGGUGAUUAUCCUCCACAAGUAAGGUUUGACAUUGGUUAUUCUUGGCGAAUAUCGUGUUAAUUAUUAUCAAGGUGCUGUUUUUUAUGAAAUUUAGUAUCUAAACUGGUAUCGUCCGAAUGUUGAUGUUAUUCGAGACAUUUAUUUAAAAGCUCAGCAGGAUAAUUUAAUACGUAGGUGACAAAGACAUGAGUAUGAUAAAAACGAUGUACCUAUAUUGGUCCGUUUUAGCGGAAGUUUAUCUCAAUCCUCAUGGAGCUCCUUGGUAGCCAUCAAAUUGAGGGAAAAACAGGUAUAUCUGGAAUUACUAUUCUAAGAAUUAAAAAAAAUGGCGGAUAUCAUCCAUAUCACGUAAUUUUAAACUAUUACACCAAAUCAUAUGAAGGUAUAGGAUAAAUUUUGGAACGCUGUAACUCAGUGAAAAAUGAUGCAAUUUCAAAAAAAGAAAAUCUUUGUAUUUGUCUCAUUACCAGCUACAAGUUAUAUUUAGAGAAAAAAUUGAUUUCUAUU